UUGCUCCAUUUUUCCCUCUUUGUUUGGGUUUUUACGGGGUCUCUCUCUCCCUUCCUCUUCCCACUGAUUUCUCCGACACAAUAAACUUCUGGGCUCUCUCCUCCCCUCCCGAUUCAGAUCGACCCGAAAAGUUUCACAAUUGCAAGUUCCUAUAAUAGCUAGCGCUUUAUUCGCGAUUCAUUGAAGCAUUGAGCACCUUUUUUCCCUGUUUUAGAUCAAAAACCUGUGGGGUAAAGAACUAUAUAAACGAAGAUGUUUGGUACAACUAACCCUUUUGGGCAAUCAUCAAGUAGCCCAUUUGCAUCCCAAUCUGUUUUUGGCCAGACCAACAAUGCAGCUAGCAAUCCGUUUGCACCUAAACCUUCCUUUGGUAGUCCAACCCCUUUUGGCUCCCAAACAGGGGGUUCAAUAUUUGGGGGUACUUCUACUGGAGUGUUUGGUGCAACCCAAGCUUCUUCUCCCUUUUCCUCCACAACAGCCUUUGGUGCCUCAUCAUCUUCAGCUUUUGGAAGUUCCAUGCCUGCUUUUGGAUCUUCUUCUACUUCUGCUUUUGGCAGUUCAUCAUCAUCUUUUGGUGGGCCUUCUGUUUUUGGUCAGAAGCCUGCAUUUGGCUUUGGGUCUACAGCCACUCAGUCCAGUCCUUUUGGAAGCACAACUCAGCAAUCACAGCCUUCAUUUGGUAGUGGUAUAUUUGGUUCCUCCACACCUUUUGGUUCAACUCAGUCUGCGUUUGGUUCCGGUACGCCUGCCUUCGGUGCCACGAGCACCCCAGCUUUUGGUGCCACGAGCACCCCUGCGUUUGGUGCCGCAGCACUCCUGGCUCUCUCGUCAACUGGAAGCCCUGCCUUUGGUGCCACGAGCACCCCUGCCUUUGGUUCAACUGGAAGUCCAGCAUUUGGGAGCACUGGAACUGCAUUUGGCAUGUCUAAUGCCCCAGUCUUUGGAACUGGAGGUGCAUUUGGGGCAUCAAGCACACCUGCUUUUGGUACUUCCAGCACUCCUGCUUUUGGAACUUCCAGCACUCCUGCUUAUGGAACUUCCAGCACUCCUGCUUUUGGAACUUCUAGUUCUGUUUUUGGGGGUUCAAGCACUCCUGCUUUUGGAGCAUCUUCCACUCCUUCAUUCAGCUUUGGGUCUAGCCCAGCUUUUGGUCAAUCAACGCCGGCAUUUGGUAGUAGUCCUUUUGGAACAACUUCAUUUGGAGCUCAGGGUUCUCCUUUUGGAACCCAAUCUUCUGCAGCGGCAUUUGGAAGCACUAGCUUUGGCCAGUCACCUUUUGGGGGUCAACGUGGGGGAAGUAGAGUAGCUCCUUAUACACCUACAACUGAAGCAGAUAGUGGGAGCGGUACACAGCCAGCUGCAAAGUUGGAGUCAAUAUCAGCGAUGCCUGUUUACAAAGAUAAAAGUCAUGAGGAGCUGAGAUGGGAGGACUAUCAGUUAGGAGAUAAAGGUGGACCGCAGCCAGCUGCUCAACCUUCUGGAGGGAUUGGCUUUGGUGUAUCAACUGCACCUACAAAUCCUUUUGGUUCUUCUCCAACAUUUGGUCAGACAUCUUCAAAUCCUUUUUCCAGCACAAGUAUCAAUCCAUUUAGUCUAAAACCUCCAUCCUUUAAUAGUACAGGUUUUACAACCUCGACUGCUAUAUCAAAUCCUUUUCAAUCGACAUCAUCAAGCCUUUUUGGCCCAACUUCGUCAACAUCUUCAAUAUUUGGUUCCUCUUCCACUCCUACAUUUGGAACCAGUUCAUCUCUUUUUAGUUCGUCUGUCACUCCUUCAUUUUCAACUUCACCAUCUAUUUUUGGUACUGGGGCAGCUCCAGCUACAACUCCAGCAUUUGCUACUGGUUUAAAUUUUAGCAGCAGUCAGACAUCCCCUCUUUUCAAUUCUACCCCUGCAAUUGGGCAGACAAGCAAUGCUUUUGGGCACAUGACCUCUACGUUUGGACAGAAUGCUAGUAACUUUGGUCAAACAAGCAUUUUCAGCACACCUUCCACUGGAUUUAGUGGGAAUAUGUUUUCGAGCUCUCUAUCCUUGGCUCCUUCUAGUAACCCAGCUGCCUUCGGCCCAACUACUCCCUCUUUUGCUUCACCUUUUCAGACAGCUCAGCCAGCUCAGACCAGUGGUGCUUUCAGCUUUAGCAAUUUUGGUCAUACACAAUCAGGUGGUGGAUUGGGCAUUUUUGGUCAGAGUAAUAUUGGACUAUCGUCUGCUACGCAGAGUGCUGCUGUAGUACAACCCGUGACUAUUACAAACCCCUAUGGAACACUCCCUGCAAUGCCUCAAAUAUCAUUUGGUCGGGCUGGGACUGCACCAUCUGUUCAAUAUGGGAUUUCCAGCAUGCCUGUUGUGGACAAACCUGCUCCUGUUAGAAUAUCGCCCUUACUGACUUCCCGAUACCUUUCUCAAAGACGGAUUAGGUUGCCUGCUAGGAAAUAUCAUUCUAAUAAUGAUAGCCCAAAGGUUCCAUUUUUCAGUGAUGAUGAAGAGACACCCAGCACACCUAAGGCUGAUGCUGUUUUUAUUCCUAGGGAAAAUCCAAGGGCUCUGGUCAUUCAUCCCAGAGAAAGUUGGCCUUCAAAAGCUUCUGCAGAGAAGGCAUCUCCAUUGAAGGAUGCAUCUACUCGUGUGCAGGAGAAUGGUAAAAUUUCUGAUGAUGGCUCCAAUGCUGAGGAUAAAGAUAAAAAUCCAGCUGAAAAUGGCCUUGUGAAGGAGCCAAUUCAUCCAGUCAGAGGUAACCAGAAAGCCAACGGAGUGAAUGAUAAUCAAUCUGCUCAGAAAGAGGACUCAUACUUGACGCUCAGUGGCCAUAGAGCUGGUGAGGCUGCUAUUGUGUAUGAGCAUGGAGCUGAAAUUGAGGCUCUAAUGCCAAAGCUCAGACGGUCUGAUUACUAUACAGAACCUCGAAUCCAAGAACUGGCGGCGAAGGAAAGGGCAGAACCAGGGUAUUGUCGCCGUGUCAAGGAUUUUGUGGUUGGGCGGCAUGGUUAUGGAAGCAUCAAGUUCCUGGGUGAGACAGAUGUGAGACGUCUUGAUCUGGAGUCCCUUGUCCAGUUUAACAAUCGUGAGGUGAUUGUUUACAUGGAUGACAGCAAGAAACCUCCUGUUGGACAAGGUCUUAAUAAGCCUGCAGAGGUAACACUUCUUAACAUCAAAUGCUUUGAUAAAAAGACCAGGCACCAGUAUACAGAAGGGCCAAAAGUCGAGAGAUAUAAGGACAUGCUUAAAAGGAAGGCAGAGGACCAAGGAGCAGAGUUUCUGUCUUAUGAUCCCAUCGAAGGAGAGUGGAAGUUCAGGGUCAAUCACUUUAGCAUGUAUAAGUUGGAAGAUGAAGAGGAAGAUUACUCAGAAAUGUGCUCUGUUCCAGAUUGCUGGUAAGAAGAUGGGGACACUGUUUGCUUCAUGCCAAGUGUUGAAGCAAGAGAUUGUGCCUGGUCCUAGUGUUUGUCCCCCCUCCCCAUGAAGGGUUGUUUUGAAUUGUACAGAAAUUGCCAAAUUGUGGUAAUAUUGUUUUGACUUUUGUGGUACAUCGGAGUAACACUUGAAUGGUUGUGUCUUGUGGUUUAUUUUUUUCUUCCUGGGUAUUGGUUUUGUUUUGGUUUUUGUUUUUCCCUCUUUCUAGUUUUUACUCCUUUGAUAUGUUACUUCUGAACUGUAAUUGGAAAGGGGAGAUGGGUUGUUAGUGCUCUUACAUGAAUCUUUGAAUUUAAGUAAGUCUCUGUUCAUGCUUUAAAUCAUA